ACCGACUAUCAUGACACUCAACUUCACGGAGGAAGCUUACUCGCGGGUUGACGAUUAUCAAGCGAACCCAUUCCUCGGCCCCAUCCUCGACAACAGCAACGUCGCUGUCACUCGUAACAAGUUCAAGUACCGAGUUCUGGUGAGACCAACGCCGAAGAAACCAGUUAAGCCAACAGCUCCUCCUCAGCCGCUCUACCAACAGACGCCUUCAUCAACUAUUCUCCAAGAGGAUGACGGGAGCAAGAGAAUCCGCGAAGACCUGAACGCCAAGUAUAACAAAAUACUGAAUUACAUCAAAGGCAAACACAAGAUCAAGCCGCUCGCGGGAAGCAAGAUUAUUCUCCCGGGGGAUCUCAGCCUGAUAAAGCCGCCGGUUUCUCAUCAGCAAGCCGUCUACCCAAGCUUCCCAACGAGUUAUCCGAUCGUGGAGCAUUCGGGCGUGUCCAUCGAAAGUGAGUCGUUGCGAGAGGCUAACAAUUGGAGAGGCGCGUCGCGGGAUCGCUCUCAACCGACUGAUCCAUCCUACCGUCUCAGCCCUCUCGUCUUCGUGCACCCUGCGCAGCUGUCUUACCGCAAGAACCUGCUUCCGGUCACGAAGCUGUUGCCGCCAUCCCCGCUGCCGUUGCCGCCGAUCGCGGGCACCUACAUCACAUACCACAGUCAACAUAAUGAUUAUCUUCCUCACGUCUUAGGCAGACCGCAGCAGCAGCAGCCACGCGAUAACACGCUGAGACUUUUUCCGCUGACUCCCGACGCGAGCUGGAGACCCAGGAGGAGAAAGAGAUCCGGUGAUGACACGACGAGCGAAACCAGCCUUGUUAUCGGCAAAAGUGACGAGAACGUCGACGAGUUUGCGAAGAAGAAGAGACAUGUUUCACUGCGUGAAAGGCGACUGAGAGGAAAUUCGAAGAAAAGCUUGACGAACGAUGAGGAUCACGAGAAGCUGCUGAACAAAUCUCCGAAAAUUAGCGGAGACGUUAUCGACACAGAGAUCGCGACGCGUUUCAACGAAACUGGAGACGCCAACGAGACUUCGACGGAGGACAAAGACAAAGGGAAAGUCGAAGUCGAAGUUCCUAGCUUCGAUUACGUCGAAGAGCUCGCCGAAGACAGUACAAUGAAACCUUCUACAACGACAGAAACCAAUAUAGACGGGAAGAAGUAUCCCUUCUACAAUAACAAGAACGUGCCUGUCGCGUCCGCCUUGAAGUACGUGGUCGACCCCAGGACAAUCCCGCGGAAAACCUCGCGUGGAAUGGAGUUCUACGACUCGCGCAACGCCUACAAGCAGUGCGACGAAGUAGAGGUCGAAGUGGACAAAGUGUUGCCCGAGAAAGAGGAGCCGGAUCCGGAACGAGGUCCACAGGAGAAUCUACCGCGUCUUCGUGGUCUGGGAGACAAGCUGGACUGCUUCAAAGCCAAGUACUUUGACGAGGACCCCUUGGACAACCCAUUGUUCGCCGAGAAAGAGGUGGAUGAGCCGAAACCACCCGCAGAAUUGGACCCGGUGAAGUUCGCGUCCAAGGUCCUGCUGCUGCCCGAAGAGGACGACGACUACGUGGUGCACCGGGCUUCGAGGAAACCGGAACGCCACGGUCGCCAAUGGAGGAGAAGGAAUCCUCAGUACGAGAAGCACAAUACGAUACGAGUCGACUACAAGCACGACCCCAAGACUGGGAGAGGGAGGAACGCGUACUUGCAUACGGUGAGGAGCUCAAGAUUGCCGAACACCACGGUGCGCAGGAUGAAGAACCGUGAACCGAAACCAAAAAGUGCCACCAGCACACCGUCCCCGAAAGUUAAGUACCAGACCGAGUCUUACCAGAAUCAAGUGUACGAGGACGUGAUGGGCAACAUCAGAAAUAUGGCGAAAGGCUACGAAGUCUACGAGAUAACCACUUUGCCGGCCGCCACGCAGAUCCAAACGGCCGGCAGCGAGAACGCACCUAAGAUCGCGGAGGACACACCGAAUCUCUCCACGGAGAAGAACACGACGGACAUCGCCAACGUCACGAGCGAUAACGCCAUGUCCUCAGAGAUCAAGGGCCUGGUGCCUCCGCCGAAGUACUUGACUCCGAGGCGACUGGCGAAUUACAGGAAGUACAGGCCGCUUGGUAACAGGAUCUCGGUGUUGAGAGCUCCGAGUCUGCCUCAUAUCAUUGCUCAUCAUCACGCUAUCAAGAUCAACAAGCGCAGCGCGAGAGCUAUAAAUUCCUCGGAAGAUACGAGUGACAAGAACGAAAAGAAGACAGUUGAAAAACUGAUAGAAGUCGUUGCUGUUAAUGAAAACGACACGGUAACCAAGACGAUGAUGGCGACAAGCACAAAUUCGACCCCCGCAACAUUGGAUUUAAAGAUCGAAGAGAGCAAAUUGGUAUUCUCGCAGGAACAGCCGUUGUCAUCAACCCUGAAAGUCGACGACAAGAAGAGACCAAGAAACUCGACGAGCAGCGACCUCAAGAACGAGGCGACUCCUCAGAGGGUCGUUUACACCAUCCGAGAUCGAAUCAGGUACUCGAAGCCUAAAUGGGACACCGAGGGGUUCGGCAAGUUCAGCGCAAGUCCGAAAACGACGGACGUGGACAGCAGGAGAAAGGAGCCCAGGUAUAAUCACUUCACGGGGAAGAGACCAGUCGUUGAUUCGCGGGUCAAUUCUACGACGCUAAGUACGAUCGACAGCAACAUUCUAACCAUCGAAAGUGCAACGUCAUCGACAAGAGGCAGGGAAAGUGUUACGACUGAGACUCAUCGGCCGAGGGAUUCCGUCGCGCGUCAAUCGAUCUAUCCAGAGGUAUCGAAGUAUCCAGAGGUGGAAGUGGCCGAGAGUGUCAAUGACGCAAAAUCUAAAGAAAGCUCCGAGGAGAAGGACGACGAGGAGGAUGAGGAUAAGGUGGAGAAGGAAGAAAAACAAGAAAAGGAGAAGGAGAAAGAAGAGACAGAGAACACGUAUCACGUUCAUGAGGACGUCAACGAGAACGUCCCUGCGACUACAACGAAACUACCGGUUCCUUUGGAUUUUAAGAAAAUCUCAAACUUCCAAAAAUAUUUAGAAACUGAUCCGCCAGGAUACGCGGAAACGUUCCCAGAAGAAAAGAAACCAUCUAAUAAAAAUUUAGCGAACAUGAAAAACAAGUCGGAGGACAGCGACGAAAAGAAGGACCAAGAUCGUUCCAAGAGCAUGGCUGAUUCCUGGGAAGACGAUUCCUCAGAUAAGACUGAAGAACAAGUAGAAGUGUCGAUGAAGACGAAGAAGGAGAAGAAAAACGAUAACGAUUUUUCUGAGGAAUCUUCUUCGAAGGAAGAGGAAGGCUCGAAAAACGACCAGACGUUCUUCACAUACACGACGCGGCCGUCAUGGGUCGAGGAUUACAAGGACAACAAGCGUUUCGAGAAUACACUCUAUCGUCCUUUCCCAUUCAAGAGAUACAAGUCGAUGAUAAAGAAGGAACAAAGCUCGGAGGAUGAAGAUUCCGAAGAAAAGAGCGAAGAGGUGAAUGAGGAUUAUGCAUUCCCUUGGCAAAGUGACAAAGAAAGUGACAAGAGCAGAAAACUGAAGGGUGUUGACAGAUACGAGUAUCCUUGGGAGAGAAGAGAAAGACUAGCUAAGGAGCGCAGGAAAAGGCGGCAGCGAGCGAAGAAAUUUAAAAAACUGAUCUUAGAUGACGAGGACGAGGAUGAGGAUGAGGACGAGGACGAGGAUGAGGAUGAGGAAGAGAAAGAGUCCAGAAGACGCGAGAGGCCCCUUCUUGUUUGGGAGAAGUACAAGGUUCCUUCUAAGGGCCACGUGAACACCAGACGCGACGUCUCGUCCCAAAAUACGGACGACAGCGAACAAGAGUCCAGCAGCGAGGAAUUGACGUUGAAGAAGUUCAGUAGCAGAUACAACGCCGACGUGGAGCCGACGAUACGACCCUUCAGUGCGCAUGAGAUCGGCAGGUCCAUCAAAAAAUUACUAGAGGACGACUUUAACGAGUCCCAGGAAGAAACUUCGAAAGAGAAGACUUUGAUGGAAGAGAUUUCAAAGGAAGUCAAAGAUCACUCCGUUUCGCCCACAAAGGUGUGGCCUGCCACAAGUCGAGGGAUCUCCAGAGGGACGCUCGUGCCGGAAGACGUCACGCAGCCGCCGAGAAGAAAGUCCGGAAGAAGGAGAACUUCUCAUUACGACAGGGACAUCACGAGCAGCUCGCGAUUCGAUUCAGCGAAGAAGCUGAAGAGCAAGGAGACCAAUGAUGAGGAAGAAGAAGAGAAGGAAAGACUCGUGAAGGACUACCUGAAGCUGAGCAAGAGUAAGUCGGAGAAAUCAGGGUUGCCGGCAACAGUAGCGAGUAGCCAGGUGUUUAACAUCACGAAGGAAGCUUCUUCUUCGACUUCUGCGCCACGUAAGAAACGUCGACGUGUUAUACCCAAAAACAACUCCACCAUCUCGCUCGACAACGCGCCUGCCGAGUCUUCCACCAUGUCUUUUAUCGAGUCUUCCACUAAUGUCACCAAGAGAAGACGCAGGAAACCUCGAGUGUCCACCACAACGUCAGCUACGCCUCCAGCGAAUGAUCUUAAGACAAAUAAGUCGGAUUUUACGUAUCUACGAAGAAGGUACUCAACAGGCGAUAUCGUGAAAACGGACAGACCGAAUUCCACCGAGAAGAUUCCAAGUUCCACUGCUAGCACGGCCAAAGCCGGCAGUGUGGAAACGGAAGCUUCGACCCCGAAGACGAGAACGAUCGAACAUCGGUCGCGAGUCUCGAAAGAGAAGGUCGUCACGAAGACGACGUAUCCGAGCGAGACGGAGAACUUUGAUGUCGCGAGGAAAAAUGCAACGUUUGCGCUGCAAGAGCCGCUGAAGAAAUUGAAAAUCAAAGUAAACCGUCGGAACAGUAAUAGUAAACAAAGAAACAAUAAUGGGAGUUCCGACAUUAACGAGAAGCCGAUUAAACGAAAGAACCAAGGGGAAUAUUAUGACGUUCGGCUGAAGGAAGGUGAUACCGGGAGAUCGGUGACGUCGGAGAAACCUGAAGCCAAAGGAAAUGAGAAUCCUCUGAAAGAUUUCGGGAUGAGGAAAGAGGAGGUUAAGAAGAUAAAUAAUUUUAGCCCUUUCAACGGGAUCGUUAAGGAUGAGAACGACUUUGAGGACGUGAUGCCGUCAGAAACGUACGCGGUGAGCCACUUACUGAAGAAUAUUCCGCCGGGACGUAGAAACGAUCAAGUCAAGCCGAGGAUUGAGAACGAUGCGUCUGUAAUAAACGAGAAAUCGAAGAAGCAAAUUCGACGCAGCAAAGACAACGAAGACGCGACAGAGAGGCAGAAGUCGUUGUUGCAGACGAAGUUUAUAAAGGAUCCGCAACGCAGGCUGUACUAUUACGUAGAGCGUAAAUAAUCCUAACUAGGGCUUUUACCGUUCGAGUGCAGAAGACAUGAGUUUGGCUGCUCGUAGAACGGUGAACGUGAAUACUCAGAUCUUGAAAAUUUUAAGAUGUAUAA